AUUCUCAAUUAGGUAGCAAUCUACUACAAGGACACGGAGGAUGGAAAAUUUUGAUCGAGUCAUGGAGCAGAUCGGAUUCGGCAAGGUGCAUCUGUUCGCCCUGCUGACUCUCGGCCUGCUCCAGAUGCUGACCUUUACGGAAACAAUGGGCAUGUCGGGUGUAGUCGCUCCAGCAUCAGUGUGUGAUAUGCGUAUGACACAGAUGCAAAUGGCUGCAUUGACGGCCGCCACCUUAAUGGGCAUCAUUUGUUCCUCUUACUUCUGGGGCUACAUCACCGACAAGAAGGGACGACGCUGGACUCUGUUGCGGACAAUCACCAUGAGCACCGUGUGCUCGAUUACCUCGAUGUUUAUGGUCAACUUCCCCUGCUUCUUCCUUAUGAGAUUUUUUACUGGAGUUUUUGUGGCAGGUCCAAGCUUCGUAGCGGUCACCUACCUGUCCGAGUUCUUCCCCAGGGCGCUCCUGUCUCGUGUCAUCACCCAUAUGUUCAUGUUCACCGGCUUUGCCAUGAUGUUUUGCCCAGGAAUGGCGACACUUUUUCUCACGUCAGGACAUAUUGAUUUUGAGGUGCAAUUAGUGGGCAGUCUGGUCUGGCGGCCCUGGCGAAUGUUGGGCUGCGUUUACGUCUUGCCCGGAAUAAUUGCCUUAAUCCUGCUACUGUUUAUGCCAGAGAGCCCCAAGUUCCUCUUCAUGAUCGGUGACACCCAUAAGGGUCUAAAAGUGGUGGAGUGGAUCUCUAUGAAAAACACUGGGCGUCCUCUUACACCAGAGCAAAUUGUCCAGCUACACAGUUUUCAGAACUUUGCGCAGGUAAAGCGUCAAAAGUCGGAUCAACAUAUCCUACGGGCGAUGGUGAGUGACGCGAUGCCCUUGUUCCGGAAACCCUAUUUAGGGAAUUUGAUAAGCGCCUGCUUGGUUAUGUUUAUCUCGGGCAUGAUAACCAACGGCCUAGGAAUUUGGUACACAGCCAUGCGGAAUCGCGCCAACAUGCGCAGAGGUGACAAGAGUGGCAUGUCCUUAUGCCAGAUACUUUUCGUACCCGACCUGGGCUUGAUUUUGGAGCCCGAAAAAGACCUUGAAGUGAUCUGCAACGACGAUUUCAAGGGCUUCAACGACUCUUUCGUUAUGGGCGCCCUCAACGUUUUGAUGUACAAUCUUUGCUGGUUGUUGCUUUGUAAAGUCCCCAGAAGGUGGAUUUUUAUAGUCAGCAUCCUGAUCACCUCGACGAGCGGGUGCUUGUUGGUCUUCGUGCUGACCAGUUGGCUGCAGCUCGUCACAUGCAUCCUGCUUUUGGGCUUGCCUGGGGUGGUACUAAGUUUGCUAGGUGGCGCUCUUCUGGAGGACGUGCCCACCUACCUUCGCGCCAAGGCAAUGUGCAUCUGCCUGAUGUGGGCUCGGUGUGGCGCAGUGGUGGGCACAAUUACAACCGGAAUGUUCAUCCAUCACUACUGCGCGCAAUAUCUGUUACUGAUCUCCAUCAUGCCCCUGGUUGCCGCUUGCUUUGAAAGCUACUUACCGUUCAGGUUCUAAAAGAUACGUUAUUCUUCAAGAUGAAUAUGCCGAGAAGUAGACUGCAAAAUCUUGACAAUGACAAGCAAAAGAGAAUUGCUUUUUAAAAGGAAAUGUUAUUUUUUUGUAGGAGAACUUAAAGUUUAUGUCUUAUAUAUACUGAACCCGAAAAUUCUCCCUAGUUAAGCUUGUCCAGAGUUCGGGAACCCCAAGAUUUAAUGAUCUAUUUCAGAGAAAGGUAGGUACUAUAUUUAGGUAACAAGUGGAGUAUAAAUAAAUUAAACUUAGGACUCAGCACUCAGUGACCCAUACAAAAAGCUUUUAUAGAGUUUAUUUUUUUUUUUAAUUUCAUGAUUCUAUAAUUUUAAGCCUGUAUGGAAAAAUUAUGAAUAGUGUUACUAACAAGUAAAUCCCCAAUUUCAUCGAAAAUUGAAUAUUUUUCGAAAAGAAACACAACUAUUUGAUCAUUGCACUUU